AUGGCGCAGAAUGUAUACGACACAGAAGAAUUCUUUCGGGCGUACAGUUAUCUUCAGCGCUCGCGUGAAGGGCUGGAUGGGGCUGGUGAAUGGCCGACAAUGCGAAACCUUGUUGGCAGUGUGUCAGAAGCUGACAUAAUCGACGUUGGCUGUGGAUAUGGGUGGUUCUGUCGCUGGGCAAGUGAAGGUGGUGCACGAUCCGUUCAUGGCAUCGAUGUGUCGAAGAGAAUGCUUGAGCGCGCGCAGUCGUAUCCGGCAGAUCCUCAGAUCAAGUACAUGUUAGGAGAUCUCGAAAGUAUCGAUCUCGCGGCCAACACUUAUGACCUCGUAUACAGCUCACUCACGUUACACUACCUGCCAGACUUACGAUCAGUCAUCCACCGGAUCGCGACAUGCCUCAAAUCUGGAGGUCGCUUUGUAUUUUCAGUCGAGCAUCCUGUCUGGACGGCAUCGCCUAACGCGACCUGGCAGACCGACAGUGCAGGUAAUGGCUUUUGGCCUUUGAAGGAUUAUGCCAAGGAGGGUCUGCGAGUGUCCAAAUGGUUGGGGGCAGGAGAGGUUCACAAGUACCACCAUCGAACUGAGACCUACCUCUCAAGUCUUAUAGAGAGCGGCUUCACGAUCGAUGCUGUCCGAGAGUCGUGGGAAGGCAUGGACGACAGUUGUAAAGCUGAACAUAAAGAUUCAGGUCAUCGGCCAUACUUUCUCAUUGUUCGAGCCAGGAAGGGGCAGUGA